GGAUCUCAGUUCAAAAUUUUUGUGUUAGUCUUCAUUGGAUUUAACUUAUCAACAUUUUAUAUUAUUUAUUUACAAUUUUUUUGUUCAAAAUAUGAAUUUAUUAAAUUUGUGCUUUGCAUUAAUCAUUAUUUUAAUUCAAUCACUACCAUCAAAUUUUGUUAUAUACAAAUUAAUCCCAAAUGAAAAAAUUGAAAAUCUUAAUAAAAUACUUGACAAUGUGGAAAUAUGGAAGCAAUUCGAGAAUAUAAUCGUUAGACAUGGAAGUAAGAAUAACAAGGAAAUGCUCACAGUUCAUAAGAUCUUUGAUAAUAUUGACUACGAAAAAUAUAUAGAUCAGAAUAAUAUACAAUUUUUUGAAAAGCUUGAUGAACAACGUUCGUCAAAAUAUUUGUAUGUUGAUCCAAACAAUUAUGAAGGAAAGAUAUACUUAAUUUUUAAUUUCGUAAGGUGUAGGUGUUGGCAACAUAUUAAGUGGUUUAAUCGACUUUUAUCAUACAUGACAAGUGAUUAUGAUAGGAUCUGCAAAGAAGAAAUAAUGAAACAAGAAAAAACAAUGACCUUAAAAAUAAAGAGUUUGCUUCUUACAAGAAUCCAGGAAUAUAAAGAAUUAGUACAAGUACUUUAUGAUUAUGCAUGUUUUUUUAAAAGUUUAUUUCCUGAAGGUAAAGAUAAAUCACUAUCAUCAAAUUUUGUGGUAUCCAAAUUAAUCUCAUAUGAAAAAAUUGAAACUCUUAAAAAAGUACUUGUGAAUGUGGAUAUAUGGAAUCAAUUCAAGAACAUAGCUGUUAGAGAUAAAAAAUGCGAAAACAAGAAAAAAUACAAAUUUAAUAACAUCUUUGAUGAUAUAGACAACGGAAAUAUUACAGAUCAGAAUAAUGUAAAAAAGCCUGGUGAAGUACGAUCGUCAAAAUCUUUGCUUGUUAAUUCAAGCAAUUAUGAAGAAAAGGUAAAAGUAAUUUUUAAAUUCGUAAGAUGUAAGUGUUGUGGACAUAUUAAGUGGUUUAAUCGACUUUUGCUAUACAUGACAAGUGAAUAUGAUAGGAUCUGCAAUGAAGAAAUAAAUACACAAGAAAAAACAAUGACCUUAAAAAUAAAGAGUUUGCUUCUUACAAGAAUCCAGGAAUAUAAAGAAUUAGUACAAGUACUUUAUGAUUAUGCAUGUUUUUUUAAAAGUUUAUUUCUUGAAGGUAAAGAUAAAGUAAGUGAUACUGACCCAUUUUUUUCGAAACUAUUGCCCAUAAUAAAUAUGCCAUUACCUGAAGGUGAUUAUUUUGCAAAUGAUUUUAGUGAAAUAUUAAACAAAUCAUAUAUGGAUUUUUAUACUAAUUCAAAGAGUUUGUGUGUUUAUUCAAAAAACAUUCCUCACAAGGAUUCAUAUAACAAAAAAUACAAACGAAAGUUGGCUAAUGUAAAAUAUAAGAAAAGCUUUGCAGAAUAUAUAAGUAGUCAAUUACAUUCAGUUGCAAAAGAAAUUUAUGAUUCGUUUCCACAGUUGCCAUUAAAUGAAAAAUUAGAAUAAUACAUAAGAUUGAAUUAUCAAUUAUUAAUAUUUAUAAAACAUGUAUAAAAAUUAAAAAUGCCAAAUUAAACUUUUAUAAUAGUAGUUAUUUUAAGAGUAAUCGCGUGAUAUAAUAAUUUAAUUUAUAAACCCAACCCCGUA